AUGAAAGCAAGGGAGGAGGAGGAUGGGGUUAAUGAGGAGGAUGUGAAGGCAAAGGAGGAGGAGGAGGAGGUUGAUGAGGAGAAUGUGAAAGCAGAGGAGGAGGAGGAGGAUGAUGGGGUUAAUGAGGAGGAUGUGAAAGCAGAGGAGGCGGAGGAUGGGGUUCAUGAAGAGGAUGUGAAAGCAGGGGAGGAGGAGGAUGAUUGGGUUCAUGAGGCGGAUGUGAAAGCAGAGGAGGAGGAGGAGGAGGAUGGGGUUAAUGAGGAGGAUGUAAGGUUUGGUGUUGUAGGUGAAGUGCCGGAAGUAGAGGGUAAUGUGAUGGAUGGGCUGAACUUUGAGCUAACACUUGGACAAGAUGUUGUGGAGGAGGAAGAAGAGGUGAAGAAUGCGGAGAUGAUAGACGUGGACAAGUGCAAGGAGGAUGCUGAGUUGGAGGAUCGAGAGGAGCAAGGACGGUGGGAUUUGGAUGGGAAGAACAACAUGGGAAGGCAUUUCAUGGAGCGUUGUAGUAUGGAAGAAGAUAGGGGGUUUGGCAGCCUUGAGGAUAGGAAGGAGGAUGAGGGAGAUAUGGAAGAGGACGAGGACGAGGACGAGGGAGAGGGAGAGGAAGUAGAGGAGGAAGCUGAGGAUGGGCUUAAUAUUUUAUCAAAUGUCAAUGCUCUUGAAGGGGAUGGCCUCACAGGUAAUUUACUUCAAACAAUGGAGGCAAACCUAAUGGGUUUUGGUUCACAGGGGCAGAUUCAUGACCAUGCUAUGGUGGAUCUUCGGGUUGAUAUGCGGCAAAUGGGUUCUACUGCACCAUUUUUUAAUAAUAAUAACACAGGAAAAAGGGUGAUGGAGCAUGACAAUGAUAUCCCACAUCAUUCACUUAACAAUAGCAACAAGAGGUUAAGGAUCAGUGACACAUGGGAUCAGAAGCCUGUAGAUUUUGGAACAUGCAUGGCGCAAAUGCAGCAUUUCAUGGAAAGAGCUAGGGUGAUGUAUGAGGAGAAGGAACAGGCUCAGGAGCAUUUGAGUCUAAACCAGCAGCUCUUGCUUAAUGAGUUGCAGAAACGGGAUAACGUGAUAGAACUCUUGCAUAAGACUAAAUUGGAAGAGAUACAGAAAAGAGACAGGGAACUUUAUCGUUAUGAACGUGAGCUGUAUUUAAUGGGGGGUAUAUUGGAUGGUUAUAGGAAGGCCUUAAAGGAAACCCAAAGGGCAUUUGCAGAAUACAGGCAAAGGGCUCAGCUUCCUGAAGAACCAUUAUACAAGGAUGCUGGACCUGGUGGUCUUAUGUUGAGCACGGGUGAAAUAGAGAAGCUACGUGAGAAACAAGAAGAAGAAUAUCGGAUGAAUUGCUUAAUUUUAGAACAGAAGGCAAAGGAAGCAGAAGAGGACUAUACUGGUCAAUUUGAAGCAUUUCUUGAGAAGAUUAAUAUGUUAGACAAGAAAUUGACAGGUCUCGAGACAGAUGCUAAAGAGCUUAUCGAUUCCGGUAUACAGGUCGUUAAUAGCUCCAUAUUUUUCAACUUGGGUUGA